GUCUAAAGCCAAGCUGGAGUUUCAGAAACAUCUGGCCACACUGGACAAUCAGGAACAAGCUGCCGUGUUCGAGAACACUGUGAGGGCCAGUCCUAAGAGUGACCAGGAGGAGAAUGAGCUGGUGAUGGGGUCUUUGAGGAGUCUGUAUGAACAGAAACAGAGGAGUCAUCAACACACAGAUCACAGACCGGUACCAGAGGCUCCAGCCCCAGUAGAGGUCCAGUCCAGUAGCAGACAGAGAUUAGAGCAGUUUAAAACCAGAGCAAAACGCUCCCUCACAGAGUCACUGGAGGGCAUCUGGAAGGGAAGUAGCAAAGCCAGGGCUCAGAGAGAGAACAGUGAAGGAGACAUCAGUUCAUCUGACUCUACACUGAACUCCACUGAACAGGACCCCUCCCUAGAAGACCCCCUCCCCUCCUCCAAUCCUCUGCGGUCUCACAACUCGACAGGGGACCUGAAACGCCUGGACACCUCUCCUCUCCGUCUCUCCUUCCUUCUCAUCCCUGUCUCUGUCCUCCCGGGACGCACUGUCCCAGUCGCAUGGCUUCAGGCGGAGAGCCAGCACCUUCAGCCACUCCCUUCCUACCACGAUCACGCCCCUUCCUACCCUGACCACACCCCUCAGUAUACACACACACCCCAGGUACCCAGCAGCUCCACCAAGCCCAAACUGGUUCGGCACUACUCUGUCAGCACCGACACUCCGCACCAGAGCAAGUAA